UUAUUAUUAAAAAUCCCACGAACAGUCAAGUCACCUCUCCCAUUGCAAUCAAGAAUUUCAAGAAUUUCAAGAACUUGAAUACCCAGAAACCAAUCAAAAUCACUUUUUUUUUUCACUUGAAAUUUUCGGAGCUUAUCUUCUGUGGUAGUACUUUCCCAUGGUCUUGUUUUUUUUUUUUUUAGCAAUUCUUGAAAACUAUGACAAAGCUCAAGAAUUGCUUGAAGAGUCUGCUGAAGCCUUUCAAGUUCAAUUCAAGCAAAGAGAGACUCGGAGAGGAGGACAUGGAGACUAUUGCUGCACGGGAACAGAAGCAGUUUUCAUUUGAAACUCUGGUCUCUGCUACCAAAGAUUUCCACCUAACUCACAAGCUUGGUGAAGGUGGAUUUGGACCUGUAUACAAGGGGAAGUUGGAUGAUGGGAGAGAGAUUGCAGUGAAGAAGUUGUCCCAUAGCUCAAAUCAGGGGAAGAAAGAAUUCACGAAUGAGGCCAAGCUAUUAUCACGUGUCCAGCACCGAAAUGUUGUUAAUUUGUUAGGAUAUUGUGCACAUGGUGUGGAAAAGCUACUGGUUUAUGAGUAUGUUGCUAAUGAGAGCCUUGACAAGCUUCUGUUCAAAUCUGAUAAAAGACAACUGCUUGAUUGGAAUCGGAGAUAUGAUAUACUAAUUGGCAUUGCACGGGGUUUGCUUUACCUUCAUGAGGAUUCACACAAUUGCAUCAUCCACCGUGACAUCAAGGCAAGCAAUAUUUUACUGGAUGAUAAAUGGGUUCCUAAGAUUGCUGAUUUUGGCAUGGCCCGUCUCUUCCCUGAAGAUCAAACACAUGUCAACACCCGUGUUGCUGGUACCAAUGGGUAUAUGGCUCCAGAGUAUGUCAUGCAUGGACAUUUAUCAGUGAAGGCAGAUGUAUUUAGCUUUGGGGUUUUGGUUCUGGAGCUGAUCAGUGGCCAGCGAAAUUCAACAUUUAGUCAACAGCAUGCUGAUGCACAGAAUCUACUUGAUUGGGCAUACAAGCUUCACAAAAAAAAUAGGAGUCUGGAGAUUAUGGACCCAGUACUAGCAUCCUCAGCAGCUGCUGAACAAGUAAAAACUUGUGUUCAUUUAGGGCUGCUAUGCACACAAGGUGACCCACAGUUACGGCCAGAUAUGCGGCGUAUUGUUGUCCUGUUGUCGAAGAAAACUUGCAGUCUAGAAGAACCAACCAGACCUGGAGUUCCUGGUUCUAGAUAUAGGAGAGCUCGUAGACCAGCAGGAAUGUCUUCGACUGCUGGAACAUCCGAUACUGCUAGAACAUUUGGUGAAUCUGAUUCCCGUACAUUUGAUUCGAGUUCAAAUACUAAUACUGCCACUGCAUCUACCUCAGCUCAUACAAUCCCCAGAUUAGAUCCUCAUGAUAGGGAAGAUGGGCAUUCACAGAAUGGUCAAGAGUUGGCCUUUUUUUUUCCUUACAAAAAACGUAUCACAAGGGAGGACGAUGAGGAUUUGAGUCAAAUUCCUGUGAACGUCUGUCUGGAAUGUUGCGUUGUUGUUGUGGCAGUAAGAUGGUCUUUUGCUGAAACGAAAGGACUGUAGCAUACUUGGAAGUUUUAGGGCUCUCAUCAGGAUAUAGCAUACUCAUUCUAGAGAAGGCGUACACAAGGACACUUGCUCAGGAAGCUGACCAAACGAGCAGGGGAAGUUCCGUACAUCUCCCCGGGGAAAAACAGAGAUGGGCAUGAGAAAUAUACCACCACACUUUGCGGUGUUUUUCCAAACAAACACAAUGGAAAUACCACCGGGGAAAUUUAUUUUUGAAAAAUAGUACAGAAGCAAAAAGCUGCGGUUGAGAACGACGGUAUUUAAAUAAAUUAAAAUACUCAAGUGUAUCAUUAAAAAAAGAAGACAAAAACUCACUGUAUUAUUUAAAGAAAAACGCAAUUCUCA